UCUCCAGCUGUCUGUCUCUGAAGAGUGACCGGUCUAAAGAAACACCUCCAGUCUUCAGAGAUGAACCUGGACCCUCAGACACAGAACAGAGAGCAGAGUCUCCAGCCCCCAGCUGUCUGUCUCUGAAGAGUGACCAGUCUAAAGGCUCUCCUCUAUACUUCAGUGAUGAACCUGGACCCUCAGACACAGAACAGAGAGCAGAGUCUUCAGUCUCUGGCCGUCUGUCUCUGAAGAGUGACCAGUCUAAAGGCUCUCCUCUAUACUUCAGUGAUGAACCUGGACCCUCAGACACAGAUGUUACUGGUUUGUCUCUCAGACUGGAGAAGAUGAGUGAUUUAAAAGAUGACGAAGAGGACAGAUCUCCAGUCUCCAGCUGUCUGUCUCUGAAGAGUGACUGGUCUAUGUCUCUACCUCUAGUCUUCAGUAAUGAACCUGGACCCUCAGACACAGAACAGAGAGCAGAGUCUUCAGUCUCUGGCCGUCUGUCUCUGAAGAGUGACCAGUCUAAAGGCUCUCCUCUAUACUUCAGUGAUGAACCUGGACCCUCAGACACAGAAGAGAAGAGGAAGAGUCCUGUUCCUGUGGAGGAGCAUCUGUGUAGCUGUGCUGUAUGUCAGGACGUCCUGAAGGAUCCAGUCUCUACCAGCUGUGGACACUGGUUCUGCAGACAGUGCAUCACCUCAUACUGGGACCAGCCAACUCCAUCAGACUCCUGCUGUCCUCAAUGUGGAGAAAGAUGCAGCAUUAUACAAACAGAUAGUGGGCUGCAGAAGGUUUUAGAUGAACAUAGGCUCAGUCUGAGGAGGAGAUGUGAACGUGUGACUGAAGGAACUGAUAAAAGUAAAACCCUCCUCAACAGCAUCUUCACUGAGCUCUACAUCACACAAGGUCAGAGUGAAGAGGUUAAUACCCAACAUGAAGUGAGGCAGCUGGAGACAGCUUUCAAAAAAGAGACCCUCCAUGACACUCCAAUCAAGUGCCAGGACAUCUUUAAAGUCUUACCUGACCAAAAGACACACAUCAGAGCGGUCCUGACCAACGGAGUCGCUGGAGUUGGAAAAACCUUCUCAGUGCAGAAGUUCACUCUGGACUGGGCCGAGGGUUUGGAAAACCAAGAUGUCAGUCUGGUGAUCCCGCUCUCCUUCAGGGAGCUGAACCUGAUCAAAGAUGAGCAGUACAGUCUUCUCAGGCUGCUCCAUGUUUUCCAUCCGACCUUACAGACGGUCACAGCAGAGCAGCUGGCUGUCUGUAAAGUGCUGCUCAUCUUUGACGGCCUGGAUGAAAGCAGACUUUCUCUGGAUUUCCAAAAAAAUAAGGUUGUGUCUGAUGUCUCACAGCAGUCCUCAGUCAACGUGCUGCUGACAAACCUCAUCAGGGGGAAGCUGCUUCCCUCGGCUCUCGUCUGGAUAACUUCCAGACCUGCAGCAGCCAAUCAGAUCCCUCCUGAGUGUGUGGACAGGGUAACAGAAGUACGAGGCUUCACUGACGCCCAGAAGGAGGAGUACUUCAGGAGGAGAUCGAGUGAUGAAAAACUGUCCAGAAGAAUCAUCUCUCACAUCAAGAGCUCCAGGAGCCUCCACAUCAUGUGUCUGAUCCCAGUCUUCUGCUGGGUCACUGCUGCAGUUCUGGACCACAUGUUGACUACAGAACAGAGAGGAGAGCUGCCCAAGACCCUCACUGACAUGUACUCACACUUCCUGCUGGUCCAGACAAAGAGGAAGAAACAGAAGUAUGAAGAGGGACAUGAGACGAGUCCACAGCAGCUGACGGAGGCUGACAGGGAGGUUCUUCUGAAGCUGGGGAGGCUGGCGUUUGAACAUCUGGAGAAAGGACACAUCAUGUUCUACCAAGAAGACCUGCAGCGCUGUGGUCUCGAUGUCACCGAGGCCUUGGUGCACUCUGGAGUUUGUACAGAGAUCUUCAAAAGAGAGAGUGUGAUCUUCCAGAAAACAGUCUACUGCUUUGUUCAUCUGAGCAUUCAGGAGUUUCUGGCUGCAUUCUACUUGUUGCACUGUUACACCAACAGAGACACAGAGGUACUGAAGGACUUCCUACAGGGAGACUAUAGCAACAGGUAUACCAGUGAUCAGGAUUACCCAUCCCUGGAUGUCUUACUGAAGGGAGCCAUGGAGAAAUCCCUCAGAAGUAGAAAUGGCCACCUGGACCUGUUUGUCCGCUUUCUCCACGGCCUCUCUCUGGAGUCCAACCAGAGACUCUUAGGAGGCCAGCUGGGUCACACAGACAACCGUCCAAAAUUCAUCCAGAGACUCUUCAGAGGCCAGCUGGGUCGCAAAGACAUCCAGAGAGCCAUCAGCAACCUAAAGGGGAUGAGCAGUGAUGAAAUUUCUCCUGACAGGAGCAUCAACAUCUUCCACUGUCUGACAGAGAUGAAAGACCACUCAGUACAUCAGGAGAUCACAAAGUUCCUGAAGUCAGGAAACAGAUCAGAGAAGAAACUCUCUGAUAUCCACUGCUCAGCUCUGGCCGACAUGCUGCAGAUGUCAGAGGAGGUUCUGGAUGAGUUGGACCUGGAGAAGUACAAAACAUCAGAGGAGGGAAAACGGAGACUGAUUCCAGCUGUGAGGAACUGCAGAAAGGCCAAACUAACUUCCUGUGGACUCUCAGAGACUCACUGUGAAGUUGUGGCCUCAGCUCUGAAGUCCGACCCCUCCCAUCUGAGAGAUCUGGACCUGAGUGAGAACUAUCUGAAGGAUUCAGGAGUGGAGCGGCUGAGUUCUGGACUAAAGAGUCCAAACUGCAGACUGGAGGUUCUCAGACUGAGUAACUGCAGGUUGUCAGAGAUCAGCUGUGCUGCUCUGAUCUCAGCUCUGAAGUCCAACCUCUCCCAUCUGAGAGUUCUGGACCUGAGUCUCAACGCUCUGCAGGAUUCAGGAGUGAAGCUGCUGAGAGAUCUUCUGGAGAGUCCAGACUGCAGACUGGAGGCUCUCAUACUGAGGGACUGCAGUUUGUCAAAGAUCAGCUGUGCUGCUCUGGUCUCAGCUCUGAAGUCUGACCCCUCCCAUCUGAGAGAUCUGGACCUGAGUGAGAACGAUCUGCAUGAUUCAGGAGUGGAGCUGCUGAGAGAUCUUCUGAAGAACCCAAACUGCAGACUGGAGACUCUCAAACUGGAGGACUGCAGUUUGUCAGAGAUCAGCUGUGCUGCUCUGGUCUCAGCUCUGAAGUCUAACCCCUCCCAUAUGAGAGUUCUGGACCUGGGUAACAACACUCUGCAGGAUUCAGGAGUGAAGCUGCUGAGAGAUCUUCUGGAGAGUCCAGACAGCAGCCUGGAGACUCUCAGUCUGUGGGGCUGCAGUUUGUCAGAGAUCAGCUGUGCUGCUCUGAUCGUAGCUCUGAUGUCUGAACCCUCCCAUCUGAGAGAUCUGGACCUGAGUAAGAACGAUCUGCAGGAUUCAGGAGUGAAGCUGCUGAGUUCUGGACUAAAGAGUCCAAACUGCAGACUGGAAGCUCUCAGACUGAGUGACUGCAGUUUGUCAGAGAUCAGCUGUGCUGCUCUAGCCUUAGCUCUGACAUCCAACCCCUCCCAUCUGAGAGUUCUGGAGCUGUGGAAGAAUGAUCUGAAGGAUUCAGAAGGGAAGCUGGAGAGAGAUCUGGACCUGAGUUACAACAAUUCGAAGGAUUCAGGAGUGAAGCGUCUGAGAGAUCUUCUAGAGAGACGAAACUGCAGACUGGAGACUCUCGGGAUCAAUGGCAAGACGAUCAGAGCCAAGAAACAGAAGAGAUGUGAGUAUUGAAACCAUAUCCUCCAUUCAUCAGACUAUUCUACAUUAAAAUCUGAUCUUAACAUGAAAA